CCAUUAUCUCCUCUGUGAAAGAGAGUAGUGGAGAAGACGUUCAUUGAAUCAAUUUAAUUUGUUUUAUGGUGAGGGAAUAGUGGAGGAGAACACAUGCAUGUAUUCCUUCUUUUCUCUUAUUCUCUCUUCUGCAGCAUUCUCUUCUCCACAAAAUUCACACCUUUAACAAUCUUCUACCCUAAUGGAUUCAUCAUCACCAGAACAACCCCGUAAGAGGAAACACAAGCUGCCGCAAAAAUCAAUUUUUCUAUACUUCUCCUUCUUCCUCUUCAUCUUCUUCUUCUGCUCUUCACACCACUCCUUUUACUCUCACCCCUCCCUUCCUUCAUCCACUCUCACCCUCCCCACACCCCUCCACGUCCACCACCGUAUUCUCUUCCCCGAUCACCUCCUUCUCACGCUCUCCAACACCAAAACCAUCCCUUCUCACCUACUCCACUGCGUCUACUUCCUCAACGCCUCACCCAAUCCGCUUCUGCUCCCCCUUCUCUCCACCGACCGCUACGAUCAAUUCCGCUCCAUAGCGCGCUGUCCGCUUCCCCCUACAAAUUUCUCCGCCGUCGAUUUGACAUGGCGCGGCAUGGACCACCACCUCCCGCUGAGAGCCACGCCUCACAAUUGGGACAAGUUAGUGUACGAGGCCCUUCUCGACAACGACACCGUGGUGGUGUUCGCCAAAGGGCUAAACCUCCGUCCCCACAGGGUUUCCGACGCGACCUUGUUCCGGUGCCACUUCGGGCUUCCAAACGGCGCGUUUUUGUUAACCACGAACGCGGUCUCGGCGGCUCAGGAAGUCGUGCGGUGCGCGUUGCCGCAGAGUAUUCGGAACAGCCCCGAGAAGGGUCGAGGAAUAAGCGUGAGCGUGAGUCACGUGCGGGGCGAGGGUGUCAUACCCUCCGUGGCGAGAAUAGGCGGGUGUGAGAAAACGGGCGGAGUGAAGGAGAAGAUGUUGGAACUGUGCGCGUGCACGAUGGUGUGGAACCAGGCACGUGCGAUGCGCGAGUGGGUUAUGUACCACGCGUGGCUGGGCGUGGAGCGGUGGUUCAUUUACGACAACAACAGUGACGAUGAGAUCGAUGAGGUGGUAAGAGAGCUUGAGGAAAAAGGUUACGAUAUCAGCAGAGUGACAUGGCCUUGGGUUAAAAGCCAAGAAGCAGGGUUUUCUCAUUGUGUGGUGAGGGCGAAAGAGCAAUGCAAGUGGGUGGGGUUCUUCGACGUGGAUGAGUUUUUCUACUUGAAGGAUAUGCGACGGAAUGGUCUGAGAUCAAUGGUGGGAAAUUUCUCGUCUUGGAACUCGGUUGCGGAGAUUAGGACAGGGUGUCAUAAUUUCGGUCCUUCCGGAUUAACGACGCACCCUAACAGAGGAGUGGGAGUAGGGUACACCUGCCGGCUUAGGACUCCCGAAAGGCACAAGUCAAUUGUACGGCCUGAUUUGGUCGAUGUUAGUCUUCUGAAUGUGGUGCAUCAUUUUGAGGUGAGGGAAGGGUUUGAAGCCAUAAACGUUCCUCUGUCUGUUGCGGUUAUAAAUCACUAUAAGUACCAAGUGUGGGAGACGUUUAAGGCUAAGUUCUUGAGAAGGGUUGCUACGUAUGUGGUGGAUUGGAAGGAGGAAGUGAACAUUGGAUCGAAGGACAGAGUCCCUGGACUUGGAACCCAACCAAUUGAACCAGGUGAUUGGGGGUUCAGAUUUUGUGAGGUUUGGGACACUCGUCUCAGGGACUUUCUACUCUCUAAUUUUUCUCAUCCCCAAACAGGAUUCUUGCCCUGGGAAACCCCUUCUCCGUAGUCUCUACACAUAUUUUCUUCUUACUUAAUUAUUGUUACAGGAUCAUGACACGUGGAAUAUAAGAUUAGAUUAGUGGAUAACCACUUUGUGAACUCCAUCUUCUGGAUGCAGCAAACAAAAAAUAUACAAAGAUUAGUUUGGUAUAGGAUGAGGAAUUCAGUUAUACCAUAGACACUCACCUAUUGUACUUUUGUAAUCUCAUGUUUAUUGGAAAACUCUCCAAUCA